CUGUUAUGAUGUGGAAAUAAAAACCUGCGGCUGAAUCUGGAAGCAGCUUCAUCAGAAAACCAGACUAAAGACAUUUUAAAGAAAAAUGCGACAAACUUUCAUCUUCUGCCUCCUGUCAGCUCUCUGUGGUGCGAAAACACUGAUCCAAACUAAAGGAGGAAGCAUCACAGUGAAAUGCUCCUUCACUUUGUCUGGAAGAGGGAAGUACGUCUGCAGAGAUCCGUGUGAAAACAGAGACGUUCUCAUUGAAACCGAAGCUACGGAGGCUCAUAAAGGCCGAUACAGCAUCAGUUACAGAGAAGGAACCUUUCCAGCUUCUUCUACUGUUCUGUAUGUGAACAUCUCACAGCUGGUCCAGUCCGACUCCGGGCGCUACUGGUGCGGAUUAAAAAGGCGUUUAAUGAUUGAUUCACGCCAGGAGUUUAUCGUAAAUGUCACAGACGAUCUGAAGGAGCUGGAACAGCAGACAGAGGCGAAAGGCUACGUUCUGCCUCUGGCUUUAUGUGUCGCCGCAUUUUUUGCUGCAGCUGUGCUGCUCCUCUACAAAUGGAGAACAAUGAGGGAAUCUGAUAGUUCGACCAGCAGGAGGCAGUCAAGCAGCAGCAGCAGCAACAACAAUAUGAGACGGAGACAAGCCGAGUUUUCUGCCUCAAAGUUUACAAACCUGACGCCUCCACCUGACGCUCCACAACAACUUUACUAUAACCUCUGA